AUGGCCGCGCUUCGCGCCGCGCUUCUCGGCGUGCUUGUAGCGGCAAUCGCGUCUUUCGUGUACAACGACCCGCUCGCGCUUCGCCAGCCAGUAGACGUGUCGCUCGUCCUCCUCCCGCCGCGUGCCGUGCCAGCAGCUAGCGACCCGUCGAACCGCCUUGCUUCCGCCGAAAUCAAGUACUUGCACGAGGGCACCGGCCCUGAGAGUCUCGCCAUCGACGCCAACGGUCGGGGCCCUUACUCCGGCCUCGCAGACGGCCGAGUCGUGCGGCGGAGCGCGGACGACAGCCAAUGGGAGCCCUUCGCUCGAACCUCCCCGAAUCGCACCCCUCUGUUGUGUGACAUUCCGCCAAAGUCACAGCCCGACCCGUCUAAGGAGCCUCGUUGCGGCCGUCCCUUGGGCCUGCGGUUUCACCCUGUAACCGGAGAGCUUUAUAUCGCGGACGCGUAUUAUGGGCUGAAUCGGGUCGGCUUAAAAGGGGGACUGGCGGAGCAGCUGGUUGGGGGGAAACUGGUGGACGGGCAGAAAGGGUCGUUUGUGAACGACCUUGAUAUUGACGCGGAGGAUGCAAACGGAACAGUGUAUUUCACUGUAUCGAGUACAAAAUACGAAAUGAGGAACUUCCUCUCCAUGAUUCUGAACGGGGGGGCGGACGGCGGAGUGUACAAGUAUGACGUGGCGACAGGCGAGGUGACUCAGCUGGUGGCGGGCGUGGCAUUCGCUAACGGGAUUGCUCUCUCUGCGGAUCGCUCCUUCCUCGUGUAUUGCGAGACCAUCCGAGCCAGGUGCAACCGCUACUGGCUGAAAGGCAGCAAGGCAGGCACACACGAGGUGCUGGUGGACCUGCCAGGCGUGCCCGACAACCCCCGACUCAACCCCCGCGGCCGCUUCUGGAUUGCCAUGCCUGCCUACCGAACCUCCGCUUAUGCCCCGAUGCCGCCAUGCCUCUUUCAACCCUCGCUUUCACCGUCCCUCAUCCCUCGAAUCCCCCACUCUCCUCCCCUCCUCAACCCACUCUCCCGCAUCUCUCGCCCCACCCCGAUCUCCCCUUUUUGUGCAGAUUUCCUCACUCGCACGCCCCGUCUGCGCUCCAUCCUCCUCCGCCUCAACCUCCACCCGCUCCUCCUCUACGCCGGAAUUUUCGGGCUGCCCAACGGGGUUAUCGCAGAGGUGGACUCGUCCGGGCAGAUCACGGAAAUCUUGGAGGACCGGGCAGGGAAGCGGGUGCAGGCACCCAGCGAGGUGAUGGAGAGAAAUGGAAAGCUGUGGAUCGCAUCUCUCAUAGUACCUCACUUGGCCGUGCUUGACUAUGCACCAGGAGGAGGCACCAGUGCUGCUUAG